AACCCCUCCACAGUCUCCAUGGAUGCUUGGAAAGCUCAAAAUUCCACAAACAUGGCGACGACAAAUUCACUCCGCGCAUUGCUCCUCCUUUCCCUGUUUCUACUCAAUUCUUUCCAGUCUGAAUCGGCAGUGGCGAGUAUAGAUCUCGGCUCUGAAUGGCUGAAAGUCGCCGUCGUCAACCUCAAACCUGGCCAGCCCCCGAUCUCCAUCGCCAUUAACGAAAUGUCGAAGCGGAAGACGCCGUCUCUUAUCAGUUUCCACGCGGAUUCCCGAUUAAUCGGUGAGGAGUCUUCGAACCUCCUCGCGCGUUACCCCAACAAGGUGUUUUCCCAUCUCCCCUCCCUCCUCGCGAAACCCUACAUUUUUACGCGAGAUUUCCUCAGCAAGCUCUAUUUGAGUUACGAGAUUGCCCCGGAGGAUAAGCGUGAGGUGGCGGUUUUCAAGGCGGAGGCUGGGGAGUUUGGUAAUUUCACGGCGGAGGAGAUGGUGGGGAUGAUACUUAAGUACGCGGUGGGGCUGGCGGAGACUCACGCGAAGACGAGUUUGAAAGAUGUUGUGAUCACUGUGCCACCAUUUACAGGUGUGGCGGAAAGGAGGGGACUGCUGACAGCCGCGGAUUUGGCGGGGCUGAAUGUGCUGGCUUUGGUGAAUGAGCAUUCAGGGGCUGCUCUGCAGUAUGGGAUUGAUAAGGAUUUCUCUAAUGGAUCGAGGCAUGUAGUGUUUUAUGACAUGGGGGCGAGCAGUACUUAUGCUGCAUUGGUAUAUUUUUCGGCAUACAAUGCUAAGGAAUUUGGAAAAACUGUGUCCGUUAAUCAAUUUCAGGUCAAGGAUGUCAAAUGGGAUGCAGAACUUGGGGGUCAGAAUAUGGAAUUGAAGUUGGUUGAGUAUUUUACUGAUGAGUUCAACAAACAGCUUGGAAAUGGGGUUGACAUUAGAAACUCUCCCAAGGCAAUGGCCAAAUUGAAGAAACAAGUUAAGCGCACCAAAGAAAUCUUGAGCGCCAACAUGAUGGCUCCAAUAUCUGUAGAAUCCCUUUAUGACGAUCGUGACUUCAGGAGCACAAUAACACGUGAAAAGUUCGAAGAGCUUUGUGAAGAUAUUUGGGAAAAAGCUCUUGUUCCUCUAAAAGAAGUUCUCAAGCAUUCUGGAUUAGACACUGAUGAUUUAUAUGCAGUGGAGUUGAUUGGAGGUGCCACUCGAGUUCCAAAAUUGCAGGCUAAGCUUCAGGAAUUUCUUGGGAGGAAGGAGUUGGACAAACAUCUAGACGCUGACGAGGCUAUUGUCUUAGGUGCCUCACUGCAUGCUGCAAAUUUGAGUGAUGGAAUUAAAUUAAACCGUAAACUAGGAAUGAUUGAUGGUUCUACCUAUGGUUUUGUGUUUGAGUUGGAUGGUGUUGGUCUUUUAAAAGAUGAAAACACCAGACAGCUAAUUGUACCAAGAAUGAAAAAGUUACCCAGCAAGAUGUUCAGAUCUGUUGUUCACAACAAGGAUUUUGAAGUUUCACUUGCUUAUGAGAGUCAAGAUCUGAUACCACCGGGUGCCUCUUCUCUUGUGUUUGCACAAUAUGAUAUCUCAGGUCUUACAGACACUAGCGAAAAGUACUCGUCACGGAACCUUUCCUCUCCAAUUAAGGCCAAUUUACACUUCUCUCUCAGUAGAAGUGGUAUAUUUUCCUUGGAUCGGGCAGAGGCUGUCAUUGAGAUAACUGAAUGGGUAGAAGUCCCAAGAAAGAAUCUCACUGUGGACAACUCAACCUCUGCCGCUGCUUCUGCCAACAAUACCGAUGCUGAUGCUAGGGAUGCUCCAGAGGAGAAUAAUGACAAAUUGGAGACAAGUAAUGGCAGUGGUAACCUGCCAGAUUCCAGUGCUAAUGAAUCUAACACUGUGGAUCUUGGUACUGAAAAAAAGCUGAAGAAACGAACUUUCCGUGUUGCCCUUAAGGUUAUCGAGAAGACAACAGGGCCUGGAAUGCCUAUCUCAAAAGAAUCUUUUGCUGAGGCUAAACGUAAAUUAGAGGCAUUGGACAAGAAGGAUGCAGAAAGGAGAAGAACAGCUGAACUGAAAAAUAACCUGGAAGGAUACAUAUAUUCUACUAAAGAUAAGCUUGGAUCUGAGGAGUUUGAAAAAGUAUCUUCUGAACAACAGCGGCAAUCUUUUAUGGAAAAACUUAAUGAGGUGGAGGACUGGUUGUAUACUGAUGGUGAAGAUGCUUCUGCCACUGAAUUUCAAGAACGCCUAGACAUGUUAAAAGCUAUUGGUGACCCCAUAUUCUUUAGAUAUGAAGAACUUACUGCAAGGCCUGCUGCAUCAGAACAUGCAAGGAAAUAUCUUACGGAGUUGCAACAGAUUGUGCAAGGAUGGGAAAAAAACAAAUCUUGGCUGCCACGAGAGAGAAUAGACGAGGUUAUACGAGAAGCUGAAAAGUUGAAGAAUUGGUUAAGUGACAAGGAGGCAGAGCAGAAGAAGACUUCUGGAUUUAGCAAACCAGCAUUCACAUCUACUGAAGUAUAUGGAAAGGUUCUAGAUCUCCAAGACAAGAUUGCAAGCGUUAACAGAAUCCCCAAGCCAAAGCCAAAGGUUGAGAAACCCGACAAGGUUGAAACCGAGAGUGGUGGAGAUAAAGCCGACUCUACAUCUGGAGAGACGUCGUCAGAAGACCAAACCACCAGCAAUUCAGACAAUGUUGCUGAUGAAAAGGCAAAUGCUGAAUCCCAGGGUCAUGAUGAGUUGUAAUAAUCGUCAUUUAGGGAGAUACAAAACCAAAGCUGACAAUGCUUCUGCAAUACAUGGACAGACAAACAGCAUUGAUAUGAUAACUAGAUGUAGAAUCAAAUGUGGUUAGAAAGCAUAGAGUUGAGCCCAGUUUUUGAUGGUCGUCUUUUUCCCGCGAUCCCUGGGAUUAUUAGCAUUGUGCUUUUGUUAUUUAAGAUGACCUUUCUACUUGUAAUAUCAAACCCACAAGGAAUUGUUGGUGGGCAUAUCAUUUAUGAGCCAUUUUGGCUAUUGAAAGAAUUUUGUUCUACUCAAUGCAUAA